UUUUCCUCACUGCCACCUCUCUUCUCUUCACAUUUUCACACAUUCUCUCUCUCUCUCUCUACAAAACAAAACACAAUUCUCUUUCUCUCUCUCUCUGACUCCCUUCCGACACUGUUUCAUUACCCGACAAAACCAACCUCUGCCUCUUCCACUAUCUCUCUCUCUCUACCAGUGGCUCUCCCUCUAAUAUUCCCCCUAAAACCCUUCCUUUUAAUCAAACCACACAAUUCCAUCUCUUUCUCUCUCUCUCUGAGUAAACACAAGAACCUGAACCUGUGUUUUGUUAAGUUGAAAAAAAAAAACACCCUACCAUCUGAAAAUCACACAAAAACACUUUCUAUACAAACCCUCCAUUUCCCAUUUCUCUUUUACACAUUCCACUCUUCAAAGUUCUUUCCUUUUUUCAUCUCAAAUGGACAACAUUAUAGUAGUACCUAUCUACAAACUCGAAUCUCGUGGCAUAGUGUAGAAAUCUCUUUACUUUACUUUCUCUCUCUAAAACUUUUUUAGCCGGAGAAUGGCAUGCCGGAAACUGAACUCUGGGAACUUGGAUCCACAACGAAAGAGAAGUGGAGGAUUGAGAACUAAACAAGCAGGAAGAGGAUCGUGCUGUGGUAGUUAGGAUUUGGAAUCAAAACUUUUUCUUGAUAAUGCAUGGUCAACAACAAGUUUGACACUUACCCUUUUGUUUUUUUUUUUGUGCUGUUCCUGGGUGCUAUUGUUUCUUCCAUUAGGAUUAGGAAUUUAGCAGGAAGAGUGUUUUUUUGGGAAUUUCCAAGAUGGGUUUUUUGUUGAAAGAAGUUUUGAAGACUCUGUGCAAUCGGAAUCAGUGGUCUUAUGCUGUGUUCUGGAAGAUUGGUUGCAACAAUUCCAAGCUAUUAAUUUGGGAAGAAUGCUAUCAUGAACCCUUGUUAUGUCCUUCCCCUCGUGGCAUAGUAGGGAUGUCUAAUUUUCCUAAUCAGAAUGGGGAAGGAUGCUGGUUUUCUUCCGAGUCUCAAUCGUUUCAUCUAGGAAUUCAAGAGGAGGACAAAGUCUCUUCUUUGAUUAACAAAAUGACAGUAAAUAAUUUAGUCAUUGUUGCAGGUGAAGGUAUGAUUGGACGGGCUGCAUUUACCAACAGUCAUCAAUGGAUUCUCUUGAACAAUUUCGCAAAAGAUGCAUAUCCACCUGAGGUAUAUGCUGAAGUGCAUCACCAAUUUUCAGCUGGAAUGCAGACUGUAGCAGUUAUUCCUGUGCUUCCUCAUGGGGUUGUUCAACUUGGUUCUUUCUUGCCCAUAAUGGAAAAUAUGGGAUUUGUGCAUGAAGUCAAGAGCUUGAUCUUGCAAUUGGGGUGUAUUCCUGGUGCCCUUCUAUCUGAAGACUAUUCAGAAAAACUUUCAAAUGAAAGACUCACUGAACGUGCUACUUCUGGUGUGCCUAUGCCUGUUGAUUCAUCGGUUGUUACUUCAAAUUGCACUCCUUCAAUAAUUAAUAUCGAUAAUCGACAAAGUUAUUUAUCUCAUGCUUCAAAGCCUAAUAUUCAAACCCUUUGUCCAUUAAGGGAAAAAAUUAGUAAAUGUCAGGGUUCUGAAUGGACACCCCAAACCCAUAAUCUGAAUGAGAUAUCCAAUAAACUUUUCCAAGAGGAUAGAGUUGUGGAGGCUGAAGUAAUACCCUCAAAUUUUAAUUCAAGCCUGCAACAGCAUUCUGUUGCAUAUAAUGCAAGAUCUGAAUUCAAUAAUCUAAGUUCUGGCAGUACUUCGUUACUUAGAGGAAUCCCAGUACAUGGUGGGAUGAAUAGUAUUUUGGGGACAAAUCUGAUUACUAGUUCAAAAUUUCCUAAAGUAUCUGCAACAAAUUUAUCUGGAUCCCAAGUUGGGAAUGAACUUCAAAAUGACGAUUCGACUAAUGCAGCGCGUCAUUCUCGGGCAAAUUUGGCUAGUCGGUCAGGUGCCUAUGACUUGCUUCAGGCCCCUAACAUUCCCUCUUUUAAUGUUGAGGAUCAUAUCCCGGGUUUUGUCCAUGAUUGCUUUCAUGAGGACAGUACCAAUCAAUCUGCAAUGACCAUGGGUUCUGAACACAAAGAAGCCUGUGCUCAACCUCCAUCAGGUGAUGACCUGUUUGAUAUUUUAGGUGUGGAUUUUAAGAACAAACUUCUAGAAGGACACUGGAAUGAACUCUUUGCCGAUGAAUCAAAUGCAGAUGUCGAAAAUAAGGUUAAAAAGGAAAUAUGCACGAACGUGGAGGGUACGAAUUCCGAUUAUUAUUCAGUUGACGAAUCAAUGUUGGACAGUGGCAUUUUUUCUGGGAUGUCAACAGACCACCUCUUGGAUGCCGUGGUCUCGAAGGCCAAACCUAGUUUGAAACAGAGUUCUGAUGACAUGUCUUGCAGGACAGCAUUGACUGUUAAUAGUACCUCGUCUAUUCCUUCUCCUGUCAGUAGAUCGAUUAUGGCUGGUAAUUUCGAAGGCGGGUUGUUUGAUUUUUCUAAGUAUAGAGGUAAAAAAGUUGCAGUAGAAACUAGUUCUCUAAGGUCCGGUUGUAGCAAGGAUGAUGCUGGAAACUGCUCUCAAACUACUACCAUAUGUGGAUCUCGACUUAGUUCGUGGUUGGAGAAUGGUGGCAAUGUGAAACAUGAAAAUAGUGUUUCAACUGGAUACUCUAAGCGACCGGACGAAGCUUGCAAAUCUAAUCGCAAAAGGCUGAAACCAGGAGAGAAUCCUAGGCCUCGACCUAAAGAUCGGCAAAUGAUUCAAGAUCGUGUCAAAGAAUUACGAGAAAUCGUUCCAAAUGGAGCAAAAUGUAGCAUUGAUGCGCUGCUGGAACGGACGAUUAAGCAUAUGCUUUUCUUGCAAAGUGUGACAAAGCAUGCUGACAAGCUCAAACAGAGUGGGGAGUCUAAGAUUAUUAGUAAGGAAGGUGGGUUGUUAUUGAAAGACAACUUUGAGGGAGGGGCUACAUGGGCGUAUGAGGUUGGCUCCCAAUCGAUGGUUUGUCCUAUUAUAGUCGAAGAUUUGGAUCCUCCUCGUCAGAUGCUAGUGGAGAUGCUUUGCGAGGAACGGGGUUUCUUUCUUGAAAUAGCUGACUUAAUCAGAGGAUUAGGGUUAACCAUCUUGAAGGGGGUAAUGGAAGCCCACAACGGCAAAAUCUGGGCACGUUUCGUUGUUGAGGCAAAUAGGGAUGUUACGAGGAUGGAAAUAUUUAUGUCACUCGUUCGUCUUCUCGAGCAAACGAUGAAGGGUAAUGCGUCUUCGUCCAAUGCAAUCGACAACAUGAUCGGUUAUAACUCUUUACCCCAGAACCCUACCCAGAUAGCAGCAACUGGAAGGCCUAAUAGUAUGAAAUGAAUCACUUGUUACACGGUUUCUUCGAAGUAUCAGUGUGUUGAGAGCAGGUCCAGUAAUGCUUGCCAUGACCAACAUCAAAUCCAUAACACUGUCUAACUGUUUCAGUUUUACAUCUCAUAUAUUAAAUAUAUGAAUCCAUUUUGAAGAGGAAUGAAUCUUUUAGGUAGAUAGUUAAAAGCAUCUCAAGUUUAUAAGAAUACGUAUUUCUAUAUUAGUACCUGAGUGUUUAUUUUUCCGGUGUCUGACCAACAUACAUGUAUCCGUGUGUUGGCACGGUUAUCUUCUGAUCUAUUACUCACUCAGAUGACAUGCAUCCUUUUUUUUCGAGCGAUGGUGGCAAUUCCGGCGGCGUGUAUCGGGAAGUUGGUGUUGUAAUUUUUAUAUAUCAGAUGUAUAGAUAUUGAAGGGCAUGGAAAGAAAGGGUUCAUGUGCACUUUUUCUUUUGUUGCUCUUCUUCUACUCAUGGUUUUUCUUGGGGUUGUGAUGAAUUUGGUAGUGUUGCAUUACAUGAAAUACUCAAGUGUUGUAAAUGUAAUCUCUAUUCUCUAAGUGUGGUUUGUAUAUUAGUGGAAUUAAUGAGGUGAGAGUAAUCAUUUUCAUAUAUUUUCA